CGACGUCCGCUAAACUUCCUUUGGGGAUGCCUUGAGCAGGAAGUUUUCGCAUCGGGCAGACUGAUGGCCCUGGCGAUGUCAAACAACAUUGUCACAGUAUAUGCUUGAAAGGAUUGCCUUGCGGCCUCCAUAUGUACCUGACACUCUAUAUUCAGGUUUGGCUAGCUGUACCGACUGGCACAUUGCACUCACAUUACCUACAGUGUUUUGAUACAUUACAGCCUGGAUACCCGAAGCCAAAACUGUGGCAUUUUGAGACUGGGAUCAUGCACAUCCAGCCAGAGCCUCGCUUCAAAAGGGGUAAAGUCUCGUACACCAGGGCUAUUUCUAGUCAACUGAUCUGCGACUCUCCCUCUUCAAUUAGCACUGGGCCAAUAUUACGCGGCGAUAGCGGCGGUCUACCAGUUAUACGUUUAGGUCCUUUCAAAUCUGUCUUUAUUUUUAUGAUGUAGUAGUUUGGCGGUCGCUAAGACACAUUCUUUACAACGUUCCAGGGAGAUUUCAACCACAUGCGACACGGAAAGUACUAGGGUCGCACAUUCAGCCGG